GCUGUGGGUGUAGCUCCGCCCUGCGACAGGCGGGUGGGUGGUGCUGCUGCCGGGGCGCGUUAAACUCGAGUGUUUCUCUGGGGAAGACCUCGCGCUGUGCUUACACUGUGUUUUAAACACUCACACACAAACAGCUAACCUGUCUUAUAGCGACCUGUUCAUUUAGCCGGAGCUGGAGAUUUACCCUGCGGUUUAUAAAUAAACACAUUACUGUCGAAACGGAAGACACGCUGGAGGUAACGGCGACUAGCAAAAUGAGCAAAGUGCAAGGCGGCAUGAAAUGUGUGAAAUAUCUGCUCUUCUUCUUCAACUUCAUAUUCUGGCUGUCAGGUUCACUGGUGUUGGCGGUGGGAUUGUGGCUGAGGUUUGAUCCCAAUGUAGCCUCACUACUAAAUGAAGAUGGAGCCCCUGAAACCUUCUUUAUUGCUGUUUAUAUACUGAUUGGAGUUGGAGGCAUUAUGAUGCUGGUGGGCUUCUUUGGCUGCUGUGGGGCCGUCAGGGAGUCGCAGUGUCUUCUGGGAUCGUUCUUUGCCUGUCUUCUGGUGAUUUUUGGUGCCGAAGUCGCUGCAGGGGUUUUCGGAUUUCUGAUGAAAGAAAAGGUUAUUGAGGAGGUUCAAAACUUCUACAUUGCUUCCACCAAGGACACUGACAACAGCACCUUAAUCGAAAAUUAUCACAAAAUUCUUGAUUGCUGUGGGGGAUCUGACCCAAACCCUACUAUGUGUCCUCAGCCUGAAGUCAAGAACUGCUUCGAUGCUAUAAGUGACUUCUUCAAUGACAAACUCUUCCUAAUUGGAUGUGUGGGUCUUGGCAUUGCAGGUGUUCUGAUAAUUGGCAUGGUCUUCAGUAUGGUUCUAUGCUGUGCUAUUCGGAACAACAGGGAGGUCAUUUAAGUACUCGAAGACCCUGCUUUCCAACGUGGAUGUCCUUCCUAAACCUUUCUCUGGACUACACUGAGCAAACACAUCCAGGUUCAAAAUGGAGAAGGCUCACAUAGAAAUUACUUUCUAAUUUUAUUUUUGGUGUUUAAUUAAAUUCAUUGUUAGGGCUGGACCAGCACUGCAUGGACUUGUCGCUGUAAUCACAUUAAUCUUUGAUCUUAUUUUGCUGUUUUUAGGUAAUUUGAGAGAUCUUGUACAAUUACAACUUGAUUUUUAAGGGCAGUUUAAAAAUACUGGGCAAAAUGCCAUGUUUUAGUUGUCUUUAUAUUCAGUUAGCCCUCUAUCCAGUACAAGAAACCACUUUUUGUAAAUAUUGUAUGUAAAGAACACCUACUCAUUAGCUUUUUGUAAUCUUAUUUAUUGCAUAAAUCUUGUCCAUGUCUGCUGUAGUAAUCUGUUGUCUUCAGAUGGUGUGUGAUACUCUAUAAACAUUUAAAGUGCAUGCAUGUGAUUUGGUCACCUCUGUCAGAAAACAAGAGCCCAAGAUGAUGUAUGUUGAGAUCCUUGUUCUAAAUUUAAUCCACGGCUACAGUAUUUACUGGCAUUGCCAUAGUCCACCCCCCUGACAUACCAACCUGUCAUCUGUAGUACAUCAUUUCAACCUUUUAGCCAUUGACCUGUCAAUCCUUUUGCUUAGUGACUUUCACCAUUAAGCACUUUCAAGGUCAAAGCCUUCAUAUUCAAACAGAAAAAAUAUAUACCAAAUGUUAUGCAAACAUUUCUCCUGCAAGCUAAGAAGUGUAAAUGAGGAGCUCUUAAAUUCACAGGGGAGUAAUCACUACCGAUGUGGAUCUCAAUGUUUCAUAGCUGCCGUUCAGUCAUCAGUCUUCUUUUAUUCAUGUUCGCAUUCACAUAAGCACAACUCGGUGUUGACCAAUACCUCUCUGUGCCUUCCACCACACCUUCAGAACGACACAAGCCUUUCUUCAAUAGGCUCUCCUGCCUGAGCAUGCUGUGACUGUGAUCUGUAAUUAUAAUACAUGUACCUGUAUAUUUUGUGAGUUUGGAAUUUCUCAUAGAACAUGUUCUGAAUGUGUAUGGCAUCAUACACAGUACUUUAAGCAGAACAGUAGGUGUAGAUGGAUUUUGCAAAGAAUCUAAAAGGAAACUGACAGUUUUCAUAGCAUGAGUUUUGUAUUGGUAAGUGCUUUGAAAAAAUAAAGUAAUCAUUCACAAUG